CGUAAUAACCUCCCUUGAUGUCAGGCCCUCCAUUGAAACGGGAAGUAGGUCAGGAAAAACAACACAAAAUAACAGAAGAAAACGAGAAAACAGUGAUAAAGAGGGGAUUUGUAUAAGACAAGUAGAAAAAUGGAGGGUGAUUUCUCACAGGAGACAUUAGAGUCAUCAUGUAUCUCGCAAACAAUUGACGAGUUGACACAACUUCAUGAGGCUGCUACCUCUGCUGCAAGUAAACAAAUCUCUUCACAACAAAAUGUUGCUAGUAUCCACCACAGCAGUGAAAGUAACAGUCAUCCAGUCUCAUCAGAAAGUAAUACGGAAGAUUCUAUAUCCACUGAUGAGCUGAUGGCCUAUCGCAACAAUGUAUCUGAUUCCAAUACAAUUCAUUUACCAGAAGGACAAAUACUAACUCCCCAUUAUGUAAUUGUUGAAGAUCCUAUAUCACUUCAUAAUUAUGCAGACUUUUCAAGUCCUGAAAUGUUAUCCAGUUUAGGACUUGCAGAAGAAAAGACUCCUCCUAGUACAUUGGAUAAAGUUGCCCCACCAAAUACUGCCAAUAGUUUUGAAAUUUUUGUUAGCACUGAAUCAAAUGUUGUGACAUCUUCUGCUGAGAUGAAAACAAAAGUUACUGAUUCAAGAAGUAUAAGAAAAGAAACAAUAUUAACAGUUCCUGUAAUAGAUAUACAGAAAUCAUCAAAUUAUGCUGAGUCAAAACAAGCUGAUGACAACAGGAGAUCUGUGACAUUAAAUGAAGUUCGAGAACAAUUAAAAGAGCAUUUGAAUAGAAAGGAGACUGAGAACCUAGAGUUCCGUAGAAUGAAAGUGACUGGUGUAAGAGAACAGACAAAUUUGUCUCAGAAAGUAGGCAGUUUACACAAUAGUAAGAGUGUGUCAGCAAAUUUUUCUACUGACUCUAUUGGAAAUGUGAAAAUUUCACAAGUGAGUUCACUAGCCAAUUGUGCUGAAGCUGGAACAAACACUGAUAUUGAUUUUAUGGCUGAUGACACAAGGCAAGUGAAGAAGCAAAAAACAGAAGAAAUGAUAACACAGGAGAAAACCAUGUUUUCAGAAAACCUUGGUCUUAUUCCUGCUGACAGUGAAACAAAGAUCAUUGCAGAGAGGGCCAAGAAUGCUACGAAAGGGGUGCGGACUCGUAAAAGUUUCGAACUCGGAACUCUAACUGCAACCGUUGAACCAGUUUCUUUUCCAAGUGUCGUCAAUAGAAAGGAUGAAAAUAAAAGUAAUGAUGUUGAUAUGGAUGAAACUGGUCUGUUGUUAGGUCAUACACAUAAACCGGGCUGUUACAGAUGUGGCUCGUGUGCAAAGAAGUUUAUGACUAUAUGUAAGCUACAUGAUCAUUUGCAUGACCAUUGUUUUGGUGGUUCUUAUCACUAUGACCAUCUUUUAAAGACCGCUUUUCCAAAAUAUGACACAACUUGUUCCUAUACACAGACAGGUUUUGAUUUUGAUAAAGAAAACACUCUGAAAAUCUUAAAACCAAAGAAAAGUAAACUGAAAUUGAAAUUUAAGACAGCCAAACCAUCAGUUUUAAAGGGAUCUGCCUCUUUUACUGGAAAAAGAAAGAGAGGAAGACCCAGAAAGAUUCAAGUUGUCGAAGACAAUACUGAUUUUGAUGAGAAUGAUAUGGAAAUUCUAGGUGAUCAAUCUGACAUUAACAAAAAUGUGACUGUAAAAGAAGAGCCUAUUGGAUAUAAUAUUGAUGGAACACUUUUUGAUACUUCAGAAAUAAUUCCAGAGGACACAUUUGAUACAGUUAAAGACAGUACUGAAAAUAUGGAAGAUAAUACCAACACAACAAGUAGUUUUGUUGAUAAUUAUCUGAAAGAACUAGAUGAUGAUCAUGAUGUUAAUACAAUUGCUCAAGCUGAGGUAGAAGAUCCCGAGAAAGAGAAAAAGAAAGCUCGUAAAAGGAAAAGUAGCGUUCCGAGAAAAAUAACUGUUAGUGAAGAAUCAGAUGGAGGAAAAAUUGUGAACAGCAGAGUGAAACCAGAAAUGAAGAUAACAUGUGAAUUUUGUCCAAGUAAGUUUCAGUAUACACGUGGUCUAAUACGGCACGAGCAAGAGAAACACGCGGACCAGAUGAAAUUUGAUUGUGAUAAGUGUGACCAGAAAUUCAUGAGAGAAUAUAACUUAGAGAGGCAUAAACUCUGUGCUCAUACAGAAGGCAAGUCAAAGUUAAUACAACAGAAGAAAGGAAUUUAUCGAGAAAAGAAAAAACUGGGACGAAGACCACAGGAAAAAUUACCAGAUGCCGACACUCCUUGUGAAAUAUGUGGUGUUGAUGUACCCUCAUCCAAGCUUGAUAUCCACAUUCGUUUACACACAGGUGAACGUCCGUUUAUUUGCCAUGUUUGUGGUAAGGGGCUUAUCAGUGAAAAGAAGCUGAAGCGCCAUCUGUUGAUACAUUCUGAGAUCCAGCGUCACACAUGUGAUGUUUGUGGACAGGGUUUCUCUAUGAAAUACAAACUACGAACACACAUGUUUAUACAUACAGGCCACAAACCAUACUUGUGUUCAGUAUGCGGAGCAGAGUUCAAUAAUAGUACAUCACUGCUGCACCAUAACCGUACAGUACACCUGGGAGACAAGAGGUUUGAGUGUACUAUAUGUGGUGGAAGGUACGGUAAAAAGUCACAACUUGAAGAACAUAUGUUCAGUCAUUCCAGUGAAAGGACACAGACUUGCAAGUUCUGUGGGAAAUCGUUCAAGCAUGCAAAGAGUUUACGUCGUCAUGAGGUCACACACGUUUCUGACCAGAAAUUCCAAUGUGACCAAUGUGAGAGUAAAUUUUCACGUAAGGACAAUCUUGAACGACAUAAGAUGUGCCACUAUGAAGCAACACUACAGUGUAGCUUCUGUAAAAAGAAGUUCCGUGAUCGCCAGCCACUUCUCGAGCACGAACAAUUUCAUAUUAAUCAGCGAAAGCACACAUGUCAGAUAUGUAAAGAAAAAUUUCAAGACGAGACAUAUUUCUAUAACCAUAUGGAGAAGAACCAUGGCAUUACUCGUGACAUGGUUCCCAUGCUCAAUGCCAUUGCAAAUUCUCCAGUAAAGGAGGUAAAAUCCAGACGAUCUCUUGCGGAGCAUUCUUUACAAAAUCUGAUUGAUCCAAUAAAAGGCACAAGUUCUUCUGAAGAUGGUCAUUUAGGGUUAUCUGCCCAGCCAUCAAAUACUAUUGACACACUUAACCUGAGUAUGAGUGUGGCAGGAAUCUUGCCAACAUCUGUCUCUGACCUUGGGAAUGGUUCCCAGUCAAAUUUGCCAACUGGUUCCUUGUCUCUAAACAAUCUUACACAGCAGGUGUUUAAUGUUGGCACAAAUACACCAGGUAUGAAUAUAAACAAUGGCCGAGGAAUUGUAAACCAGCCAGGCAACCCUGUAUCAACCGGAACAGUGUUUCCAGGAAUGAGCGAUGUUCAGAGAAUAGCACUGAAUGUGAUGAACACAGGGGUGACAGGACUAGAUCAGACGGCAGGAAAUUUAACACUUAAUACUAAUACUGUUUUAACAGCUGACCAGGAAAGAAUAAUUCAGGAUGCAGUUGAACCAAGUAUUCCAAAUAUGCACGGGCAGGGUUAUAGAUUACAAAACCUUUUUAAUCAGUAGUAUACCAGUACUUGUUGUUGUUAAUUAUACCAUUGUUAUUGCAUGUAAAUAUGUCCUUAUAUUCUACACAAUGAUAUAUAAUACUAAUAGGAGUUACAAUUUGAUUUUAGAGGUUCCUGUCACAGUUAUACAUUAUUCAAGGUUAAUUUUUGUGUCGUCUGCAGCAGAAUAGUGGCAACAUAUAGAGAUCACUUCUCCGUCAUCUGUCUGUACUACCGAAUAAGGAGGGGGCCAUCUUACUGUCAGCAGAACAAAAGUGAACAAUAGAGUUUAUUCUGUAACAAUAAAAUAAAUGGACACUUGUCCCAAUUUGAUUGCAUGUCCACCUGUUCUGUCUUUGGUUACAUCUAAAUACUUACAAAAUGUAGGUGGCUACAUAAACAACAGAUAACUGUACUUUUCUUUGAUGUCAUUCAUUCCC